AUGGACAAUCAUGUCGAUGUGCUCAUUCCAUUUCAGAUCACUUUGUAUAACAAUUCCCAAAAAUUUUACCGAAUGAACCCGUGGAAGAGAUAUGCCCUGAAUAAUCAGAUCCAAGCCGAGUGUCUCGUGGCCGAGUGGUUAGCGUGUCUGUCUACCACUUCCACGACACGGGUCCAAAUUCUACAGUUUCUACAGGUUCAUCCGGGUAGCCGAUUUCCGGUCAACCCAGCCGUCCAUCCUUUCGGGAGAAGUGAAUUAAAGAAACUGGUAGCUGAUGCAAAAUCGAAAAAAAGCAGCAUGCAAAGACAAUUUUUUAUACAGAGUCAGAGGUCUUGUGGGAAAAUGGCGGAUUGUGAAGUUCAGAAAUUAACUGAUGAGGGUGUUGUUGAUGGUAGGGCCAGUCGGAGGAUGAUUCAUGCUACAGCUCAAAAAUUAACCAUGAAAAAUUACAAUGAUUUAAAAAUUGACCUGGGGCUCCUCAACAUAAGAUCUAUAAUGUCAAAGUAUGAAAUGGUGUGUGAUAUAAUUCGUGGAGAAUUGGAUAUUAACUGA